AUGAUCCUAGUCAAUGAACACUUUCCUGAUUGCUCUCAGGCCAUAACCUCCAUCAGGGUCGAUCCCGAUGUUGUUUCGCUCAAUGGUUGUGAACUAUUAGAGGCGGAGGCCAAGAUAGAUGAUGAUGGCCAGGUCCACGUGGGGGUCAAGAGAUCCUCCGAUUCAUCUAUUGGGUGGACACAUCGUGAAUCCCCUGAAGAAUUGAGUUCCGUAACAGUAACCCCACAUCCAUCAAACCUUUCAGGGGUAGAGAUUUAUUCAUCGGAGUCUUGCUCAGGCACAUCAAACCUUAAUAAUUCGGACAGUUCUCAUGGAAGCCAAAAACACAGAAUUAGUGGGAGUACACAGGCUACAUCUUCCUCAAACGAUUCAAAAUCAGCAAAUGCACAACAUGAUUGGAUUGUUGAUGCAGAAACCACUCGUACUGGCAGGAGAAGUUACAGGGGAAGGAAUCAGAGCAGCGAGUUGAUAAAUGGCUUCCCGUUUCCUCUGCACCAGCCUUCUCACCCAACAUCUCCCAGCGAGGUGCCGAUGAUGCUCAGAGACAGUAACUCCAGUGCAGUGCCUGCUAAGGGCUUCACAUGCAGUCAAAAUUUUCGAGGAAGAUUGAAUGAACAUGCAAAGAAUGCAUCAGAGAUGAGUGAUAAAGAAAGGAGUGCAGUGAAGGCUGAGCUUGGGAAGCCUCCAGUGACCGAUGACAAGACUCGUUGUAUUGAUGGUUUUUGA